UUUCAGAAAGCAGUCAAGGACAACCUGGAGCGUGAGCUGAAGGAGGUGUCUCGCCGUCGGAUACAGGAGCUCGAGGAGAAACGCCACUCGUGGGCGGGCGGAGAAAAGGUGGGCGGGGUCUUCGGAAUGCGCAGCAGCAGCAGCGAGACGGACAUAGAGGUGGCCCUAUCCCAGGAGGAGGGGCUUAUCGAGCUUCUCAAGUCCCGCCCGUGCUCGCCGCACAGCCCCCAGAAUGCACUGGGGCGUUCCGGAAGCGUCCGCCGUUCCCGCGGCUCUGCAUCCGCCGCGGCRGACCGUCAGCUGACCAGCCUGCUAACUCUAGGCAUCACCUCUGACCUUCAGGUCGUAGGCGGGUCACCGAAUCCCGGGCGCCGACUAUGGAGGGGCGCCGAGCAGCGYGAUUCCUCCCCCAUGAGGUCACCUGAAACUGGGCCGAGGAGUCCCAACAUCUCCCCUCUGACCAGACMUCAGCCUCAGAGACCUGCGGGUCACACUCAACCCCAGAAUCAGCACCCUCAGGUAGACUGGCCCGGUCCACACUCCCCCUCCUCUAGACCCACCUCCUUAGGACCGAYGCACAGUCACCAUAAACCUCCACCUGGCAUCAACUCAAAUCACAGCCCUCAGACAGCAACCGUUGACCACAAAAAAGCACAAAGCACAGACCUGAACCAGACCGCGGACCCUGACCACAACCAACCCGGUGGUCUGGCCGUCGACCUUGAACGACACACUCUGGUUCCUAAGCUCCGAGCGUUCGACCUCGUCUUGACCCCACACGGUCACGACCAGGGAGAUGUCGUCACKGACACAGACCUGGAGAAAGAGAUUCCCAGAGACUCUAUCCUCACGGAUACACAGAAGAAUUCCCAAGGGCGUUCUGCGGGGCGGGAAGAGAGGGAGAGGUCAGACUCUUCCAGACAGCGGGAGGAAGAGGUGGAUGAGAAUGGGAGGAUGGUGGCUGCAGGGAUAGUGAAUGAGGAGCCUUCUGUGGGUGAAGUAGAGGAGAAGAGGGUAGAACAGGAGAAGGGUGUGUCUCGGACAGAGACGUUGACUACAGAUUGUCGUACUGAUCGAUCUCCAUCCACAGCUAUUAUAGACCUCUCGUCACAUGCACAGAGCGGUGAUAACCCCACGCACACUGACGAGGCUGAGAGUCCAGCACACCAGGUAUCCGCUUCUUCUAUGGGUGAGUCCCCAGCCAAUAGCAUGCCUUCAGAAUCUCAACCCACCAAUGAGUACUCAGUGCCUGUAUCCACCACUGARCAAUCAGUGCCUGUUUCCUCCGAUGAGUCAUCGUUUCCAGCAGUGUCUACCUCCGCCAAUGAGCUGCCUGCGUCAGUCACCGCUGGUGCCUCUGAUAGGUCAGCCCAGGGUACGAAUCCCAAGACCAGCCAGGUCGCUAAGCCUUCCAGACCCCCCUCUACCACCAGCGGGCGAAAGACUGUCAUCCGCACCCUCAACUCCUCAGAGAACCAGGGCAUGAGGCGUGUGGUCCCUAUCUUCAAGGCCAGUCGAAGUGGCUCGAUCCCGGGUAAACAGGUGGAGAAACCCCCUGGCCACCAGAGCUCUGGUCCACGGACCACCACCACCUCCUCCUCUAACCCAGCCAACCGCUCUCUUAGACGGGCAGAGAGGAGCUCCGCCACACCCCGUCGCAAUAGCCUCCAGGUCGACCACCCCAAGGCCGAGUCUGUGACCACCACGGGUGUCCACGGCAACCAACCCCAACCUUCCAACCUCCAGAGGAAGCCGUCCUUCCGGAAGCCUCUCCGCCCCGUCGCCCCCAGACCGCCCCCAGAGGAAAAGAUGUGCCGUUCCACCCUCCGAGCCCUCGCCGCCGCCGGUGGGGCUGUUCCAACAGCGGGGGGUGGAGGAGGUAACAGCCUCAGUGCCCCCCCGACCCCCUCCCACCGUGGAGGUGUCCCCGCCCCCCUCCCUGGAUUUGCCCGAAACACAGCCGCUUCCUCUUUCAGACGGACCACACUCGCCCCCCCGGGGAGUACCCUCACCCCCUCUAAAAACUCCCCCCGUUCCUCCCCUGUCCCCUCUCCCGGGCCCUCACCCCUCAGCCGGGCGGGGUCGUUGGAGACGACCAGCAGGUGA